AUGGCUCAUCCCCCAGAACCGCCGUUUGUCGCCGAAGAGCGCGCCGGCUUCGACCUCAACCUCUCCCACGGCCACCGAGACCUAGUCCAAUCCGUCGCCUUCAAUGCCUAUGGCGAUCGCUGCGCGACCGGCGCCGUCGACGGCAAGAUUCGAGUCUUCAAUCGCCACAAGGACGGCGUCUGGCGCCUCUGCGACACCUGGGGCGCACAUGGCGGCGAGACUCUAGAGCUUCAGUGGCUUCCUCCGACCGUCUACCCGAAUCUGCUGGCCUCCCUCGGUGGCUACGGCCGCUUCAAGCUCUGGGCCGAAGACCCGUCCGCUGCCCCGGGCCGCCGCUUCAGCGCUGGCUCCUCUCGUACCCUCUCCGGCAAGCCCGCGUUCGAGACGCGUUCCAACAAGGCUCCCUACCGCUCCUUCUCCAUCAAGCACAACGAGGAGACGCGCCACACCUACCUGGCCCUCCUCGCCGCCGACGGCAGCCUCUCCGUCUACGAGAACGAUCAGCCCGAGAAUCUGUCCGAGUACACCCUCAUCGACGAUUUUGCCGUCGCCCCCAAGCCCGCGCGCGGCGAAGAGGUCAGCUUCAAGGUCGAGUUCGACCCCAACCCUGACCCCUGCUACACCGCUCUGCGCGCCGGCGUCCCCACCGACUCUCUCGCCAUUGUCGUCGCCGCCAUGGGCACCGUCAAGCUCUACCGCUCCCGCGACAUCAUCACAGCCUCCUAUGGCGUGCCGCAGGCUCAGAAGGAGUUCUACCUCGCCGCCGAGAUCGGCCCCGGCGCCCAUCGUGGCCUCGUCCGCGACAUUGCCUGGGCCCCCGGCAACGUCCGCGGCUACGACACCAUCGCCUCAGCCUGCCAGGACGGCUACGUCCGCGUCUUCCGCGUCGAGACGCCCUACGACGAGAACGACGGCAAGACAUGGGCCGCCGCCGAUCUCGUCCGCCGCGAGACCCAGAACGGCGGCGGUGCUGGCGCCGGCGCCGGCGGCGAGGCCCUCGCCGCCGCCAUCGGCCCCUCGCACGAGAAGCACCAGCACCAGUCCGGCCUCAGCGCGAGCCUCGCCAAGUCGGGCGCCACCGCCGAGCGGCAGUCGUCGGGCCAGCCGGGCCAGGUGGCGCACGUCGUGCGCGAGGUCGCCAAGCUCGACAGUCACCGGACCCCCGUGUGGCGCGUCGACUUUGACGACGACGGCCAGAUCCUCGGCAGCACGGGCGACGACGGCAAGUUGGUCUUUUACCGGCAGACGCCGCAGGGGGCGUGGGCCAAGAGCUCCGAGCUGGGCAUGCUCAAGACGCGCAUGGCGACGCCGUCCACGGCACGGAUGCCGAUCGCCGCGCCAAGCCUCGAGGCCGAUGGCCUUGAGUCGGCUACGGAAGCCGAGCUGGCAGCGGCAUGGACUUGUGCACGGAACCAGAAAAACCCACAUGAGGUCUUCGGAACGACGAAUUCACACGUGCUGCCUUGCCCACCUUCAACAGAGCCGUCUAUAGAUGGGUGGUCUUGCAGGAGAGUCUCGGGCUGCUCCUGUUCGCGGCGCCAAGUUGAGCAAUGGAUGUCUCGGCUGUGGGCGGAGAAGUCUGAGGAGAGCAGCCUUACCUGUGGCUUGGCUGAAAAUAGGAGCUGGGUUAGUUAGACACCCAAAUUUGACAAGUCAAGAGAUGAGCUUUGUAUUCAAAUGAAACCGAUGCAUCACGACUCGAUACUUGCAGCAUAUCCCAAAUCAAGCAUGACUCGUCAAUAAAAUGAUAUCAA